GGUAUUUUCGUGCGCGACGGUCACACCGGCUGAUGGCGUCUUUAAAAAGUCAAAAAUUUAUCCGCGAUUUUGCUGAAUGAAAACGCGAUUUUAGAGGGCAUCCGCAUAUUUCCUGGACGAACUGAGUGCUCGGCGGGCGCCAGGAAGUGUGCGUGGGAAAAGGGGACUGAAAACCGGGCAGAAGGGCAGCCCGUUCGCUAGAUAAACGCGCGGAAAACGUGAGUUCCCGGAUCGUUUGCAUUUUUGUGGGAAAAUUGCAGCGGGCGGCAUUCUGCGAUAAUGGACAUCUUUGAUAUGGUAAAAGCGGCGCCGCCGCCGCAAGCAAUAACUCCGAUUGAAAGGAAGAUCUCCACCCCAUCGCCGGUGCCGCCAGAUUCCCCCUACAACUCAGACAUCCUGGAGAGCGGAAAUCUAUCGAACGACGAAGAGUUGGAUAAGGAGCCGGCGCUCGACAAGUCUACCUUUAAGUUAGCCAGCCAGAAGUCGGAUGUCAUUGAUCAGAAAUCAGAGAUAUCCCCCUUCAAAAUGCCGAAACCUAUCAAGACACAGGGAGAAGAUAUUGUGGCCCUGAAGGGUUCCUCAGAUGAGGAACAAGCUGAACCCUCGUUCAGGAAGCCGAGAAAGAGCGGGGAAUCCAACAAGACCAGCUCGAACAAGAAGUCCGCUGCCGCAGCACAAUCGUAUCCACUGAAACCCCAUAAGAAGAGGCCCGCCGAGACUCUGCCGGACGACGAGGACUCGGAGGAGGACCAGCAGCUGACCACCAUGCCCACCAAGACCAAGGCGCAGCAGAAGAUGUUCAGCGACCAGCCGCCGGGCAAGUCCAACUGCGAUCGGCAGUGCGUGGUGCGAGUGCGCCGCCUGACGCAGCAGGAAAUCAAUUCGGCCUUCAAAUCCGUGGCCAACUCGCCCUUUGCCCAUGUGGCCGACUCGUCUCGUUCCCGCCCAGACGGCAGGAAGGGGCGUGGCAGGCCCCGAAAGAGCAACCCAUCGCCGCCCAAGAAACAAAAGUCGCCGACCCAGUCCAAUUUCCACAUCAAAGUUCCUCUGCAGAACGGUGCCAAGAAGCGGGCUCUCAAUCAACUGACGCGCCCACACACGCCCCCGCCAAAUUUGACCAGAAAAGGGGCGGCGAAGGCGCAGUCCAAGUCGCCCGAGAAGCCCAAGUCCAAGUCGCCGAGCAAGCCGAUCAGGGGCCGCCACGCCAGUCAGGCAUUGAUCCAGCGUUUCGGCGCUCGUUUCUUUGGCUGCGUUGUGAAGAUCAAGCGGACGCCCUGGCCCGACCAGUGGCCGCAGUGCAGCCCACGCCCCAUUGGCGGGGCCAGGAAGGGACGGCCCCGCAAGUCCAACCUGUCGGUGUCCUUCAGCGAGGCCGUCGAGAUCCUGGGCAGCCCCGAGGGCCCCUCUCGCCGGGCCACCUUCGGUUCGUACUCUUCGAGGUCGACGCCCAAGCCAACGCGUUUGCAGCGCGUUGAUGCCACGGGCAAUGUGCUGGAGGACAUAGCCCUGACCUCCACGCCGCUCUUCUCGCCAUCCGCUGGCCCCUCGACUUCUGGCGGUUCCCGCUCGAAGGGGAAGCGCCGCUCCUGCAACGGUUCACCGAUGGGUCCCCGGCUCAAGCGCCCGCACCAGCGUCUGCCGCUCUCCAGUUUGGCCAGCCUUCGCCUGGACGAUAGCCCGAAUUCCGGCGAGGAUGAGGAGUACAUAGUACCCAACGAGCUGCCGGGAAUUAAGAGAACUGGAACACCUCCGCUCAAGAAAAAGAAAAUAUCCUUCACCACGACCAUCAGCGACGAUGAGGAUGAAAAACCGACUCCAAAAAAGCUCAAGGAUAAUCUAAAGAAGCAGCCAAAACCCCACAAAGAGACCGGUAACAAAAAGACGGAUAAAGCCCACAAGGAAAAGAGUAAGGCUGACAAAUCGCACAAAGGGAAGGAGAAAAAACAGGAAAAGCAGGAAAAGACAAAUGAGAUUCCAAAGGAAAAACUUACUCCAGCCACUGAAGCAGUAGAAGCCGCCGAAAAGCCGGAAGUCAAGCAGCCAGAAGAGGAAACGCCAUCAGAAGAGCGAGAAAACAAAGAUGAGGAAGCUGUACCAAAUGAAAUAGAGAGAGACGGAGAUGCACAGGAAAAAUCUGUAGAUGCAGCAGAGGAAAAUCCAGAUGAAAGUGUCGAGGAGAAAGCUGACGAGAAACUGGAGGAGAAACUGCAGGAUAAGCUGGAGGAUAAGCUGGAGGAGAAACUGGAGGAUAAGCUGGAGGAAAAAAUAGAAGAGAAAGCUCAAGAAGAAAAUCCGCAGGAGGACACCGAAAAAGAGCUGGGUGAAGCGGCGGAGGAAACCUCUGAAAUUGUCCAUGAAUCUUCAGAAAAACCCACAGGCGAGGAGAACAUUGAGGUGGAACUGGAGCAGGCUGAGGAGUUCAGGGAUUUGCCUACUCCGCCCCUGCUGCCGUCCACCGUUGAGGAGCACCAAGACGAUAUUCUGGAGAUCCAGACGUCCCUGGACGAUGUCCGUCAGCUGCACACUCCCUCAUCCCGCCUCAGUACGCCCAAGCCGCGCAGCCGCCUUGAUUCCGGCGAGUCCGAUUGCAGCUUUAAGUCCGCCAGCGACCACGAUAAGCAACAACCAGCUGGACUUGCAGCGGGAGAUGUCAUCCAGGAGGCGGAAAAACCAGCGGAUGCCGCUGAGGUGCAGCUAGCAGAGGCCAUGACCGACGAUACCCUCGAUCCAGCCGAGCUUCCCGCAGAGCUGAUGACCCCGCCAACGGCCCCAAGAACCGCGAACGGCAGCGAUCUAACCAGCGGAUCCAGUGCGUCGGCGCCAUUCUACUCGCCCAUUGACUCCAUGCCCACGCUGGAUGACGAGGUCCUUGGCCAGCUUGUCGAUUACAAGUAGAGAAGCUUAAGUUUUCAGGCCUUAAAAACCCGACUUCCAGUUAAACUCCAGCCGCCAUGCCAUUUCUAGGGGCACACUGGACGACAUAAUGACUGCGUUAGAGUCCUAGGAAGCUGGCUUUUUGCACACCAAGUACUAAAGCAUCCACAAACGUCACCCACAACCCCACAUACACACACCACAGACAAAAGAAAAGGUGGAUUAAGAACCGAUCGGGUUUGAACUUAGUCAGGAUUUUAAAUGGGUUCCCCUUAUGAUCAAGAAAUAGUCGUAUGUUUACUUUUAAAGACAGUUUCAUUUUGAACAGGUACUCAAAUUUAAAAAACUAGAGUAUAUUUUUUUUUGUAAGAGAAAGCUAAUGAUGCAAACUUGAAUAGUUUGCACUCAAAUAAGUUUCUGAUCUAGUCAGCUUGCUGGACUUGAAAAAGGAACACAACUCACUCACUCAAUUUGCCUAUGUGCGCAAAGCAGUGAAAAUAAAUAAAUUAGCACGAAAAGUUAAAGAAAACAAUUAGCAGGAAGUCACAUAAUUAAUUUCUAAUGUUUAAGUUGCUUAAACAGAUCGUUAUGUUAGUUAUACGCUAAAAGAAUACGUAUUGGUUAUUUCCCCUUUUUUUGACAACGUAGAUUUUGUAAGAACUAAAUGGCAUUCAUGCACAUUUAUGAUAAAAAUAAAUUUAAGCGUGGAUCAUCUUGAAUUAAAUGUAAAUUCAAUGUAUUAAUGAGCAAAAUAAUAUGUAUGUACUGUAAAAAGAAGAAAAAACAGAAUGAUAAAAAUA